AUGGCCUGGAAAACCGCAAGGACUCAGAAAACAUUGUGUUCUCCCAUACCAGCCAGGCAAACCAUCGCAAACGGCUGGACAGACAUUUCCAGAGCUGGGGGAACCAGGGGGUGUUCCCACCAGCAUCCCCCUGAAUUGCUUGGGAUGAUGUUAGAGGAGUUGUUGUUCCCCAACAAAGUUGCUACUGAGCAGCAGUCUGUGGUGCUGGUGAAAAGACUUCUGGCCACCUCUGUGUCCUGUAUAACGUACAUGAGAGGGCUGUUCCCAGAGAGCUCUUACGGAACUCGCUAUUUAGAUGACCUCUGUCUAAAAAUUCUUCGAGAAGAUAAAAGCUGUCUGGGAUCAUUGCAGAUAGUAAAGUGUAUUAACAUGUCUUUUCCUGGCAGGAUUCAAGGUUGUUUUGAUGCUUUGGAGAGGCAGUAUUUACACAUUGCUGUCCUCGCAAUUUACACCAAUCCCAAGGAACCGGAGACAGUGACCGAACUGUAUCAGUUCAAAUUCAAGUACAAAAAGGAGGUGCCCCAGAUGGACAUCAUCAGCAACCAAAUGAACGUGGUGAAUGGGGUGUGCAGCGAGGAUGUUAAACAGGCCAGCAGGCUCCUGAUCCGUAAGCUGUACCUGUUAAUGCAAAACCUCGGGCCACUUCCCAAUGACAUUACCCUGACCAUGAAACUCCUCUAUUACAAUGACGUAACUCCCAAGGAUUACCAGCCCCCAGGCUUUAAGGAAGAUGGCAACGCCGGUGACCUGUUGUUUGAUGGCGAUCCUGUCAACCUGAGAGUAGGGUCAGUCUCCACUGGGUUCCACCUCAUGAAAGUGAGAGUGAUAACUGAAAAGAAAAGAAUGGGCACAGUUGAAAGCAACCUGAUCCAGAAGAAUGGCCCUACUGAGAUCUCCCAUCAAGGGUUAGACUGUGAUGAAGAGGAAGAAGAGGGGAGCACAAAGAAUCACCCUCUCCCUGUCCAAGCAGAUUCAAGUGAGUGUGGAAGGGACAAAAGUGACACCCAUCCAGGCUGGAAAACGGAAACAUCUUCUCACUUUCAAGAUACAGGUGGAAAGAAGAUGGGAAUAAAGGAGACAGGCAGGAUGCUUUGCUCAAGGGCAUCUCGGCAGUUUCCUUCUGAUCGUUGUUUAUUCCGUCGUCUGUGUGAAAACAGGAGCCUUUUUUGUUUGUAAUUCAUGGUAGUCCCACUGAUUCAUGCUCUGACAUUCUUUCGGGUCUGUCACGACUGUAAGCGGAACACCAGACACCUCUCUCUUGCAGCAUGUGUAUUUCAUUAGAAUACGGUAGCAAUAGUGAGAGUGUCUGAAGGUGGUGGAAACUGUAUUAGUUGCUGAAAAAUGGAAGAGUCACUUUAUCUGUUGUAUGCUUCCAAAGACUUAAAAAAAAAAAGAAAAAAAUCCCAAGCAUUCUGCCUGGUAGAUUCUGCACGGCAGAGGGUUUUUUUAAUGUAUUCUUUGGUACUAUUUUUAAAUCAUCAUAGCUCAGAAGUUGGCUAAUAUUUCAGUCAGUUUAGGGAAACCAAAAUCAAGUCACUAGUUAAAAAGUGCAGAUCAUCAUUGUAAAGCCAGUGCUAAUAAAAAUUUGACACUAUUUUCCAUAUGAGAGGGACUUUCCCUUCUUUUCUGAGGGAAGUGGUUAAAACAAAUGACCAUUGUCUAUUCCGCUUGAAUCAGGAAGCCGAACUGGUGAGUGAAGUUAGUCUUAAAAAAUGAAGACAAGCUUGGGUGGAUGGGAAGUCUGAGUUUGGUAUUAUCUAACAGGGUCAAGUGUAGGUAAGGUGGGUAGAAGUAGUUCCUGUGAAUGCAAACACCUUGUUGCUAUCCAGACUUCAGUACAGUCAAGUAAUAGUGUUUUCCAACUGUCAGUGUGUUCAGAGAAGCUCUCUGCUUUAAAAAGCUGUAACAUCUCCAAAGUGACUUGUUUUCUCCUGGAUUUCAGCAUUUAAUUAGAUUGGUGUGUGAGUGGCCUUGGGGACCAACCUAGUCUGGGCCAUGGAGGUCUGCUUUUUUGGGGGGGCAGACAUGAGCCUUUAGACUUGCAGUGCUAGCAUGUGCCUUUGUGAGUGUCAGGUCUCCACCAGAAGAAAAUCCCCUUGAACUAGCUCACAGAAUGAUCGCUCACGUACCAGCAAGACUGGAUGUCAAGGAACGGACAAAGAGGGUCCAGGAUGGAGACUUGCCCUUCUGGUGGCGCAGCGUUGGCUGUUCAGCUGUCCAUGGAGCAGCACCUCAGGGACUUGGGUUUCAAGGUGCUCUUGGUACAGUUAAACAUUCAGGCCAAGAUUUUCAGAAUGAACUAGAACAAUUCAGAGCAUCUUAGAAUUUGGUAUCUGUACAAGGAUUUGAUAAUCAACAAGUGCUGAGUUCAAAGAUGUGGUACCCACAGUCACAAGUCGCUUUUGGAAAUAUGGACAAGCCCAUUAUGUUCUUCAUCUGAAGUGAACUGCUUUAUUCUUUCUGGUUCCUUGGUUCUCAAAAAUAAAAACUGUGCUGUUGGAACUGA